AUGUUAAGAAUGUUGAAAAUAUCGUGGUUGGUGCUAUCGUUGACGGCUAUAGUUCGUGCUACCAGCGUACUGGGGCCAGAUGGAUAUGAAGAUGAAAAGCCGAGUGAACCUUCAAACAUAGGAGAACCCAUGUGUAUAGCUGGAGGUGAGUGGCCAAAUUGUGCAUCACCGACAACUCCAGCGCCAAUAGCUUUAACUACAAAGCCAAUCUGUUCCAACGGUGGAACGGGUCCUAAUUGUGAACUUCCAACACAACCUCCCCCUCCACCUCCUCCUCAAAUCAGCUGCGCAAAUGGAGCUACGGCUCCAUUCUGCUGUGAUAAUGGCGGAAUAGGACCAGAAUGUGAGAUGCCUGGACCACUAAGGCCACCAUCAAUAAGCUGUGCCAACGGUGGUAUACCACCGUUUUGCUGUGAAAAUGGUAGGGUAGGACCAGAGUGUGAGAUUGUCAUUCCAAUUGGAUGUGAGAAUGGAGGUGUACCACCGUACUGUUGCACCAACGGUGGCUUUGGACCGAAUUGUGAUAUCAAAAGACCUACUGCACCUUCCCCACCUCCAGCGUAUACCCCUCAACCUCAACCUCCGCAAGCAUGUUCCAACGGCGGAGUUCCACCAUUUUGUGUAGUUCAACGCCCUCCAUUCUGUAUCAACGGGGGAUUUCCACCGUACUGCUGCACCAACGGUGGUAGUGGACCAGGUUGCGUCAUUCAAAGCCCUCCACCAGCUCCCGCAUGUCCAUAUGGUGGAGUUCCACCGUAUUGCUGCACUAAUGGAGGUCAAGGACCUCACUGUCUUGUUGUGCAACCGGCCAUCGAAUUUGGUCCAGCUGUUGAAAUCGUGUAUCAUCCACCUAGUUAUGCAACAAAUUCCAUAGACAGUAGCUUAUUCUAUCCAGCUCCAGAUCCGUGUCCUUACGGAGGUCUUCCACCGUUUUGCUGUGCAAACGGCGGAGUUGGUCCGUACUGUCAAGUUCCAGUGCAACAAAGUGGAUGUUCUAAUGGAGGACAACUUCCGUAUUGCUGUACCAACGGUGGAAACGGUCCAGAUUGUAUCAUUCUUCAAUCCCAGGAACCAUCUUAUGGAUGUUCAAAUGGAGGACAACUUCCGUAUUGUUGUACCAAUGGUGGAAACGGUCCAGAUUGUAUUAUACCACAAUCCCAGGUACCGUCAUCCGGAUGUUCUAAUGGAGGGCAACUUCCAUACUGCUGUACCAAUGGAGGAGAUGGUCCAGAUUGUGCCAUCCCUCAGUCCCAAAUACCCUCCUGUUCUAACGGGGGCGAGCAACCACACUGCUGCACCAAUGGAGGUCUAGGACCGAACUGUGAAGUUCCAACCACACCGAAACCUACCAUCACAACACGCAGAACCACAACAACAACCAGGCGAACAACUACUCGUCCACAGACUACGACAACUCGUCGAGCAACAACAACAACACGACGAACUACUACCACUACCAGAAGGCCUACGACAACUACGCGUAGAACGACGACCACUACACGCCGACCAACGACCACCACGCGUAGAACAACCACUACAACUCGCCGUCCCACUACCACCACUCGUAGAACAACAACCACCACGCGAAGACCCACGACUACAACUAGGCGUCCGACUACAACCACUCGUCGUCCCUCGGUAUGCCCCUUCGGAGGAAGUCCACCGUUCUGUUGCACCAACGGAGGUCUCGGUCCUACAUGCUACGUACCGACUGUCAAACCACCAACCACUACAAGCCGUCGAACCACAACAACCACACGUAGAACUACCCCCACCACCAGAAGAACCACAACAACCACUAGAAGACCUUUCGUAACAUCAACCACCUACAAGCCAACCUGUCCAACCGGAGGAGUUCCACCAUAUUGCUGCACCAACGGAGGUCAAGAUCCGAACUGCGUCGUACCUACCCGGCCUCCCAAGCCAACCUGUCCAGCCGGAGGAGUUCCACCGUAUUGCUGCACCAACGGAGGUCAGGGUCCUAACUGCGUCGUACCCACCCGGCCUCCCAAGCCAACCUGUCCAGCCGGGGGAAAUCCUCCAGACUGCUGCACCAACGGGGGUCAGGGCCCUAACUGCGUCGUACCCACCCGACCUACCCCGCCUCCGGUAACUCGACCACCACCAUCAACAACAUCCGAACUAAGCUAUCUACCACCGGACAGCAGCAACCCAGUACCCAGCGGUUACAAGUACGACGUUGGUGAUCCUCCAUUUGCUAUCUAA